AUUUGCCAAACCGUCCGAUUGAAAAAUGACAAAACACACUUAAGUGAAGAUAAUGAGGAUGACGUUGUGAAAUAAACUAAAACUAAAGUCCAUCAUUACACGUGAAUUUGAGGUCGUUUAAUGCAAAAUCCUUGCGGCCCCGCAACAAACAAGGCUAUCUGUAAAUUGCUUGAGUAGUUCAAGCGCGCUAUCAAACAAAAAUAUUAACUGUAUUUAACUUGUAUUACUUUAAUACGCGUUUCAAGGACAUACCUAGACCGGGUGGACUUUAGCUUAUAGUUACAGGUAACAAAGGAUUUACCGCAAUAUCAUUAGCUUCCCUAGAAGUAGAAAUUUUGAAUCGAACUGGAAUAGCGUUUGUAGUUAGGAAACGCCUUUGGCGAUUUUUAACGAGCAUCCACUGAUUACGGCCACUUAAAAACGUUGAACCAAAUAAACAUAACAUUAAUAAAACGCGAUCAAAACAGUUCAAUUAAAAGCACUGAUCUCUGUUGUUGAAGCCGGAAAGCAAACUUAACAGCGUAUGAUCCAUGGCUCUUAAUAGUUUAAGUAAACAUCUAGCUGCGCUAUUAUCACUGUGCGAACAAAUCCAUUAACAGCGUAACAUUUAAUCGCUGUUUUUUUCCAUUAGAAUCGUCACAAUUUAGCUGCUAACCUGUCCCAAUUAUACCCUUGAUGUUUAAAUGAAAUUAAUUAAACUCGUUAAGGAUUUAAGCUGGUUAAAUUAGAGUGCUCUGGUGCAACUGAGUGAAAAUUGUCUGAAAAAAGUGAAAAACCAUGCAGAAAACCGACUCAUUAAGCGGUGCCAGCGGGCCGACGCGCGAUAGGCAAAAGUCUGUGGACACCGCACCGUCAUCCCCUAUGAAAGAAGGACAGGCGUUUGUUUUCGACAAGACGUCCGACAAGGGAUUUCACGGGGCUCCAGACGACGAGGAGCCCUAUUUCACGAAACCUGCCAUCAACUACAACCGCCCUAGAUCGAACACAGUUGCAGUGUCUGAAGGAACGAGCAUUUUGACUAACACUACCGAUACAAAAACUCCAACAGUAUUUCGCUGGGAAGGUGGUGGCAAGGAUGUCUGCCUAUCUGGCUCAUUUUCGAACUGGGAAACCAUCCCAAUGGUAAGAAGCCAUGGGGAUUUCGUAACAAUUAUCGACUUGCCUGAAGGAGAACACCAGUACAGGUAUUUUGUGGAUGGGGAAUGGAAAAAUGACCCGCAGAACAAAAUUGUGGAAAACGAAUCCACAGGUAAAGGGGAAAAGAACAAUAUGAUUACGGUGAAAAAGUCCGAUUUUGAAGUGUUCCAAGCUUUGGCAAAGGAUCAAGAAAGUGCCAAAGACGAUUCGCAAAAAGAGUUUUCACAGGAGAUUCCUGUUUACAAGCCCUGGGAGAAAAACAGCGGACCUCCAAUCCUACCACCCCAUUUACUGCAAGUGAUUUUGAACAAGGACACGCCAUUAUCGUGUGAACCAACCUUACUACCAGAACCCAACCACGUAAUGCUGAAUCAUCUGUAUGCAUUGUCCAUUAAGGACGGAGUGAUGGUACUCAGUGCUACUCAUAGGUACCGAAAAAAAUAUGUGACUACCCUUUUGUACAAGCCUAUUUAAUCGGGAUUUCAAUGCGUUGAAAUCCUCUAGUUAUGUAGAAUUGCACAUGAUUAAAAAGAUUAGUUUUUAGUGGAUUUUCUGCAAUCAAAGGCAGUUUUAUAGCUAAUAAAUGUUCCGAAUUUCUCAAGUU